AUGACUAGCAAAGAGCCUCUAGAGGUGCAGGUAGCGGUGCCCGCUGGUGCCGCCAAGAUUGUUGCCAAGCCCAAGGACAGAAAGAUCUUGCCACGUGACUUGGGCCUCAAAGUCAUGUUCCAACCGCAAGAAGCAGAGGAAAUUGAAAUUGAUGUAGUUGCUGUCCAUGGUAUGGGUGCAAAUCCAGGGUACACAUGGACCGCCGGGCUCAAAGAGCAGAAGCCAGUGAAUUGGCUGAGUGACAAAACGAUGCUCCCAAAAGACCUUUCUAAAGCCCGUAUCAUGACGUACGGUUAUCAGUCAUGCUGGUUUGGAGAACAAGCCGUCAGACAGUCACUCGAGAACGUUGCCACAAAGCUACUCAAAUCUCUUUGCGAAGAACGGAGUAAGUGCCUAUACCGCCCAGUGAUCUUCAUCGGUCACUGCUUCGGAGGGCUUGUUAUCCAAUACGCAUACACCACGUCAGCGCUACAUAAGACGCAAUUUCCGGGGAUUUCCGACUCUGUAGUAGGAAUGGUAUUUCUUGGAACUCCUCAUUUCGGUCUCAAGGAGAACUCCCAGUUACAGACUCAGGGCUCGGUCUACAACGCAAUCGUUGAAGCUACACAGUCGGUACAGGCCAACCUGCUUCACACCAUGGCACAGGACAAUGAUUUGCUUGUGAAUACCGUCAGCGACUUCACGAGAAAGGUUAAUGAACCGAAUGGACCAACUCUCUAUUGCUUUUACGAGCAGGGAGCAUCUAAUCUUGGGCGUAUUGCUGGCAUUGAUGGGCUCAAAAGGCUAUUUGUGAACCAAUCUUCCGGCACACUCCCUGGGCAUCAAUCUGAAGGUCUAGCCCUGGACCACUUCGCCAUGAAUAAAUUCGAAGACAGCGAGGAUGAUAAUUACAAAUCGGUACGCAGACAGAUCAAGAAUAUGGUCAGCAAAUCAAAGGCACUCAUGGAAAAACCGGUUCCUCAAUUUCUCACCAAGACAGUAAAUCAUAUACCAUCAUUUCUUGCUCCGAUUAAUCGGGAAAGCAACUUUGUGCCCCGAGACAAUAUCUUAAGUCUGAUCGAAGAGAGUUUUGAUCGGACGAUGAACGUGGUUUUAUGUGGGGGCUCAGGAAAUGGAUUCUACGAAGAGAGCGGGUGCUCUAACGUCCUUUGGGUCAACGCAGCCACCGCAGCAGAGUUUGAGCUCUCAUACAUACGUAUUGCUGAGAGUCUUGGUCUCACCAAGAAUAGAAAAAAUGGUAGUGUGUUGAAGGCCGUAUACGACAGACUGAAUCAAGAAGGGCGUUGGCUCAUGAUUCUCGAUGGCCUGGAGGACAUGACAAACUUGAAGGCGAGUGAAUGCCUGCAUGCGGGAAAGUCUCUCCUGACGUUCAUCCCCAAGGCGCACUUUGCCAGGAUUCUGAUCACCACGCGAGACAAAGCUCUAGCGAUGCGAAUGGUCAACCAAGAUGCCCAGUAUGUCAUUAACGUAUCUACCCUGAAAGACGACGAUGCUUCAUGCCUCCUUCUCGGUAAGGUCACAUCGGACUCCCACAGGAGAGAAAGCUCUUUGAAGGUCGCGAAAGAUCUUGGUACCUCAGCCGGUACCAUUGUAUUGGCGCACAUAUAUCGUAAGAUGGUAGACAUUAGUUGCACAAAGUAUAGAGAGCUACUCUCCUCUCGUCAAACACCGGGUACAACAACAUCCGGCCUAUUGCGUGCUUCGCGCUUAUUAUAUGAGGCGCUCCGAAAGGACCACCCUAGCGCAGCUCACCUACUGUUCGUCAUUGGUUCAAUUGAUGUUCAAAGCAUUCCAGAAAUCUUCUUUGAGCGACAGCAGUUAUCCCGCGGCUCAUUGGUAGAAUUGGUGAGGUUUGGCAUGGUCGAGCCGUCCAAGGACAAGCGUGUUUACUGCAUGACAUCUGUUGUCCGAAGAUGUGUGGAGACAUGGCUCGUUGAGGAAAACGAGAAGGAGUUGACUGAGACGAAGGUAUUGUUCACUAUGUGCCAAAGGUUCAAGGCAAACAAGGACGACCUCGCCAACUGUCAGGUUCUUUUACCUUGUGCUUUGGCAGCGCUAAAGUUUCAACCAUCAUCAUCAGAGGCUAAACAGCAUCUCACAACGCUACUGUACGAGGUUUCAAGAUACUAUCAACGGUUCAAGCAGUACUCUUCAGCUCUUGAAUGUCUUGAGCGAUGUCUCGCCUUGCAACAACAGGACCUCCAGAGCGAGAAGGAUCUGGUUAAAAAGACAAUACAGUCGAUAGAGGAUGUGAAGAAAGCUCUUCUCAAGAACAAGACAUCAACAAGGGCUGCCCUGAAACCAGAUACACCUGAAACCCGUAUUGCGAAUUCAAGGAAAGAAGCAGAAGAGCUCAAGGGGAGUGUGGGUCAGGACCACCCGGACACAAUUCGGAAAAUCAGCGAGAUGGCCACCUUUCAAAUCAUCCACGGAGACAAGAAAGACGCUUCGGAGGCUCUGAAUCACUACAAGCAAGUGCUAAAGUGGUGCAAAGCCAAAUACGGAGACGAAAGUAUGGAUGCAGCCCGGCGUCAGUACAACCUUGCUAUUGCGCACGAGGCUCACGGCCAGUACGACGAAGCCACAAAACUCUAUAUCAAAGCAUCAAAAAUUACCGAACGUCAUCUCGGGCCUGGGCAUCCAGAACUUUUGAGGAUCCUCGGGAACGUGGCCACGCUAUACGCCCAACAGGGCCACAUGGAGCAGGCUCGGCAGGCCUUUGAUGACGUGCUACGAGGCCAACAGGAGAAACUGGGGUUAGAUCAUCCCGAUACGCUAGUCACUAGACAGAACGUUGCGAUGGUAUUAGAAGAGAUGGGCGAUUUUGAAACGGCUGCCGAAGAGCUUCGGAAAGUCUUCACUGUCCAGGCUCGUCUGCUUGGCCGUGACAACCGUGCAACACUGCGGACGGCUUGCAGUCUAGCAGCAAACCACGGUCUCCGAGGUUCUUUGGAAGACUCUGAGAAGCUCUUCAAGGACACAUUGGCUAUCCAAAGAAUAAUACUAGGAGAGAAAGAUCGCGAUACUUUCCAGACGGAGCAAAUGAUGGCUGAAUUCGGGUUAAAGGCUGUGAAGCAGAAAUAA